AUGGCGAAGCACCUCAGGAACGGGCACAUGGUGCACAACUGCACCUACAAGAGCACCAGGCUGGACCAACACCUCAGGUGCUGCCACUCGGAGCUCAGCAGUGAUCAGGUCCAGCAGCAACUGCGGUGGGCCCGGAGAACCACCACCAUAGGCCUCUUGAAGCAGCUCCGGGAAACGAACCCAGCAGUGCCUCUGGCCUCUACUCUGGACCUGGUGGAGGAGGACUACUUAGAUGAUGUGCCUCUAGAGUUGGAAAAGGAGCCCCUAUGCCAGAACCCAGAGUGCAAGCAAAUGCGAAGAAAGGUAGUUGCCCUGCAGGAAGAGCUACGAAAGAUCCGUGAUGCUUACCACAGGCAGAGCAAACUAUUGCGCCAGGUUUCCAAGGGCAAAAGAGUUGGCAGAGGAGAGCAGCAAGUGGAGGAGGGGGAUGAGGGGGAGCAGCAAGUGGAGCAAGAGGAGGAGCAGCCAGGCCCUUCACAUGUGCCUGCCCCAGUGGCAGAGCCAUCGAGGGAGAGAGGGCCAGAGGUACCUGGCAGCGUGGAGGCAGGCCGGUCCAAAGCUGCAAAAAGGCUAUUUAUGGGGACCGGCAAAGGCUCCUUCCUCCGCCACAUCAAAUUCCCGGACGCCUAUGUGGCAUCAAUUUACGGGCACCGCACGGGGGUCUUCAAGAACAUGACGGUGGCGGAGGUCAGGGGAGCGGCCACUGAGGGCCAGCCUCCCACGGGCUACGUGAUCCGUGUGAGCGAGCACAAGACAGCCAAGGACUUUGGCCCGGCGCAGAUCUUCCUAGAGCCGGAGGAGUACGGCUGGCUCCUCAAGUGGCUGGAGGUCAGGGAGCUGUGCAGUCCGCAGGGGGACCGGGUCUUCUUUACGCCGGGAAAAGGUCCAGUUAAAAACCUGGUGCGCUACAUGCAGGAGGCGUGGGCGGAGAUGGGCUUGCCCGGCAAGCCCACAUUCAUCGACCUGCGGACCGCCGUGUCUGCACAUGCAAUGAAUGUCCAUGUGCCGGAGGUGCGAGAGAAAGUGGCUCGGUUCAUGUGCCACGACACCUCCACGGCCGACCGCUUUUACGCCUUGCACCUGGAU